AUGGCUGAAGCUCUGGUUUCCGUAUUGCUAGAACAGUUGGCUUCCAUCACCCUGCAGCAGAUAGAGGAAGAGGUGAGGCUGGUCGUCGGCGUCGACCAAGAAGUCGAAAAUCUCAUCGGCCAUCUCCAGGCAGUUCAAGGCGUGCUCCAGGAUGCAGAGGAGAGGCAAGUGAAGGAGGCCAACGUCAAGGAUUGGCUGUACAAUCUGAAAGACGUGUCGUACCAGAUAAACGACGUGUUGGAUGACUGGAACACCGCCAUUCUCAAGCAUCACAUGGAGAAGCAAGAAAAAGAAGGUGAGAAUAAUGAUCUUGUCCUUGCUAAGAGGAGUAAGGUACGGUUCUCCAUUCCCUCCUUCCUCAGAAAUAUUCUCAUCUGUUUUGGUCAAAUUGGUGAUCGCAUAAUUAUGCGCCAUGACAUUGCUAAGAGGAUAAAAGAAAUCAAUGAAAGGCUAACUUGGAUAGCCAUUUUAAGAAAAAACUAUAACUUUCAAAGCACAGUUAGAGGCACUGAACAAGUUGAGCGAUCCAAAACCAGUUCCUUUGUCGACGUGUCUACCCUAAUUGGUCGUGAAGAGGAAAAAAAUAUAUUACUUAGCAUGUUGAAAAGUGAGAGUCGUCAUCAAUUGGUGAUCCCGAUUGUCGGGAUGGGAGGGUUGGGCAAGACUGCUUUUGCCCAAUCUGUGUACAAUGACCAAAAUGUAACAACUCAUUUCCACAAGAGAACAUGGGUUUGUGUGUCGGACCGUUUUGAAGAGAUUAAGAUUGCCAAAGCCAUCAUUGAAGUUCUGAAUAAAAACGAUACUCGAAAGAACUCAAAUGAGUUUCAAACUUUGUCAGAAUGUAUAUCUGAAAAUAUUGAAGGUAUAAAGUUUCUCCUCGUCUUAGAUGAUGUGUGGAAUCCCACUAUGUGGGAGCCAUUGAAGGCAGCUUUGCAAAAAGGUGAUGCAAAUAGUAAAAUAUUAGUGACCACACGAAAUAACACGGUUGCUAUUAUGAUGGGAGCAACCAAUGAUCACAUGAUCAAUUUGAAUAAGUUGAGCGACCAAGAUUGUUUGGAAUUAUUCCGUAGAAUUGCAUUCUUUGAUAAAGAACAAGAUGAGUCUAAGUUGUUUGAUGAAGAUAUUAAGAACAAGAUUGCAAAAAAGGUUGAUGGCUUGCCUCUAGCUGCAAAGACUUUAGCUAGUCUCAUGCGAUAUAAGAAGACAAGAAACGAAUGGGUAGCUGUUUUGGAGAGUAAGGUGUGGGAAUUAGAAGAGGUUGAACAACAGGUUUUUCAAUCACUAUUACUUAGCUAUUAUGAUUUGACUCCAGCGGUUAGACGGUGUCUUUUAUUUUGUGUUGUUUUCCCAAAAGAUUAUGAGUUUGAUAGAAAUGAGUUGAUUGAGUGUUGGAUGUCACAAGAAUAUCUUAGUAUGAAAGGAGAUAAAAGAAAAGAAAGAAUGAUAGGCCAACAAUACUUUGAUAACUUGGUGAUGCGUUCUUUUUUCCAAGAUUUUGUUAAAGAUAGAGUGAAUGAUGAUAUUAUAGCUUUUUCUCGCCAAAAAUGA